UGCCCAGCGCAUCCAUCGAAACAUCAUGCCAUAAUGAAUUACCUGAUAGGCGCAGGGAUAAAGUUACAUCGCCUAUCGGACAGGCAGCUCUGCUCGGUGAAAGGUUUUUCCUUGCCAUAAUGUCGUCCGAAGAAUUCCUACUGUGAAUGUAAUGAAUAAUCUUGAUCCUAUCGUUCUGCGCAACAUGGUCACGCAGUCUUGUUCUCCGCCGCGUAUUUUUCUUUGACAUCUGUUCAGGUGUUCUCUGCGUACGUUUCAAUUAUCGUCUGCGUGCUCCGAGGUGUACGUUUCCCGCCGCGCGUGACGUCAUCGUACAGAUGCGCAACUCAACUCGCACGUACGGACAGCAACUGCAUGCAGUGACGUGACCACGACAGUCGGCGUCACGCAUGCGUCUAUCUUCUGGCGGUCAUGCGCAAUUAGGCGGGAACGAAAAUAUCAAUAUCACCUGCCUUCACUUUGAGCCAGUGUAUGUUUUACCGGCAUAGCGGGAAUCUGCGCUUGUUUUCCAAACCUACCUUACUGUGAUUUAUUUCUUUUGGUUGUGAACUUGGAAUGUUAAAUUAACGAUUUUAUUGUAAAGUGGAUGGAGUUCUCCCUAAGUGGUGUUUUCCUGAUAGUAAUACAUUAACUGAUUACGUAAUCCACCCAAACCAAGGGAGUUGACAUAGGAUGAAAUCGCCGGACCUAGAAACAAACCAAUCGAAUUCACAACUCGGGAUGAAAUCACCAGAAAUAGAAACAGACCCUUAUAUAAGCAUGAAAAUGAAACGAAAAAGUGACACUGGAUUUGAUGACGAGAUUGUGGCGAAAACUCGGCGUAUGGAAGGCGCAAAGAAAGCUGUUUGCUCCUCGGAUUCCUUAGGGAGUGAUACUGUCCAAGGAGACAGGCAUACAAAGUCAAUCAUACUUCCUUCAGGAAUUACUUCAAAUAGCACAGAAGUUACACCACCCCACCAUGACUCAAACAGCUUAUCUUCAUCUCUCCUUUCACCAGGACUUGUUGGUGAGCGCGAAGACGUGGAUUCGCUCUCGCGCUUGAAUGUAGCUAGGCUCUCCACUACGGUGGCACCAGGACUGUUUGGAGGGCUGAAUGAUCAAGAGAGACUCCUGCAGAGAAAUAUAGAACCAGGAGACAGUCUGGCCAGAUUGUUUAAGCAACGGUUCCCUCAAACCCAUCGGGAUUUUCCUCUGGGAAGGAGCGCAUUCCGUGAGGUAUGCAAAGAAAAACCAUCGACACCGUUCAGUCCGCAACUUCUACCGCUUCGUCCGAGGCUGCUAAACGAGCAGCUCUAUGGACCCACUGGUGUAAGACCAAAGGUGGGAAAGCCGUUCGCAGGACUCAGUGACAUUGAUGUCAGAACCAAUACCGAUGGCAAGGCUGGAACCAACACUGUCAACAAAAGCAAUAUUCCAAACCAGACGCAGCCCAUCAGCCAGCCACUACAAGAAUCCCGUACACGGCAUCUCACUUUGGCGCAACUUUCUGCCAACGGGACAAGCCAAACAUGGCCACAAACCUUACGCCUAGGACCUUAUCGUUCGCUCCGGCAAAAUCUGCUCGAAGGAAGAGUGGACAGUCAUCAUUUAAACAGCAUGAAAGCAACCCAGUUCAUGCCAUUCGGACGAUACCAUGGGAAUCGCACCGAAUAA